AUGCAGAACCCCGCCCUUGCUGCUCAUACUUAUCAAAAGUUCAGUCUCCCUGGUCCUUUGAACCGAUACCAGUAUCCCAGAUUCAUGAUGAGAUCAGAAUGGUGGCCUGGUGAGAAUCACGAGGCUUUCACAGAAUGGGCUAUGGCUCAAGGCGUUGAAGCCUUCGGGGUCGCACCAGCUCGAUUUCCUGGCCGUGGUCUUGGAAUGAUAGCGACUCGGAAAAUUAAGAAAGGAGAUGUUGUUGUCCAGGUUCCUACAACUUCCAUCUUCACUAUGGAACGAAUCCCUGCCUCAUUCAAAGAACAAUUCCCCGAAGGGACCGCCGUACAAACCAUUAUGGCAGCAUACUUCACCCAUGGGAGCGAUGACGAGCUAGCUGAAUAUGAGCUCUGGCGCAAGGCCUGGCCUACACGCCGGGAUUUCGAGGACAGCUUGCCGUUGCUGUGGCCAGCCGCUCUCGGCGGCCUUCCAUUGCCAGACAGUGACCCAAAUGAAUUACAAGCCGAAGCUAAUCUCCUCACUCCUUGUAUCUCGGGCAAGUGGCCCACUAUUGAAAAGAUUAUCCCGAUGAAGCAGUACGACACUGAACAUCAGAACCUUCUUCUGGGCCAGGAUAUUCGGCUGCGCAAGGCCUGGGCGCAUGUGACCACUAUAUUCCCGGAAACUGAUUGGCGAUUAUUCUCCUACUACUGGCUUAUUAUCAAUACGCGAAGCUUCUAUUGGGUAGCAGAGGGUGAGGAACCACCUAAUGAUCGCAAUGAUGCUAUGGCAAUGCUGCCAUUUGCGGAUUAUUUCAACCAUGCAGAUAUUGAGUGCGAUGUGAAAUUCAACGCCGAGGAGUACACAUUACGGGCCACGGAAGACUACGAAGUGGGAGAUGAAGUGUACAUGAGCUAUGGCGGUCACCCGAACGAUUUCCUUCUUGCUGAAUAUGGAUUCAUUCUGGACAAAAACGAGUCAGAUUGCAUUUACCUUGACGAGAUUAUCCUCCGCGACCUUAACAACCGUGCAAAGGAGGAAGAGCUUUUAUUGAACCAGUAUUACGGUAACUACCAAUUGACCAGUCAUGGAGUCUGCUACCGCACCGAGGUUGCGGCCUGUCUAAAAUACAUGAAUGAAGAAGAUUGGAGGAAUCAUAUCCUCGAAGGUUCCACUGAGGGCGUGGAUGAGAAAAAAACGGAAGCCAUCAUCGAAGGAUGGAUUCGGGCUUAUGCAGGUGAGGCGGAUGCCGCCAUGAAAUAUCUGCAAGAGGCUAUAACGACCAACCCUGUGCUGCAAGCACAUCGCUCAAAGGCGGAAACGCUACUCAGACGAUGGACACAGAUUAAAAAGAUCUGCAAUAAUGCCCUGAGCGUGGCUGAUCAAUAA